AUGGACAAUCUAGACGUGGCGGUGCAACAAUCCCAGGAUGCUCUCGAUCUAAUGCCUCCGGGUGAUCCAGAUCGGGCAUUUCAGCUUCACCAUCUUGGUUAUUUGUAUCAAGAAAGAUACAAUAACUAUAGGACACCUACCAACCUCGAAGAUCUGGACAGGGCGAUCCAACACUAUCACUCAUCCCUUGAUUUAACGCCGAAGGCUCAUCCGUUGCGGGCCGCUCGACUUCAUGAUCUUGGGACUAGCUACAACGACAAGUAUCACAGAACCAAGGCUCUGAACUUUUUGGACGAUGCUAUUCAACAAUUCCAAGGAGCUCUGGAUUUAACGCCAAAGAAUAAUCCGGAUCGGGUAGCUCGACUUCAAUCCCUUGCGAGUAGCUACGACGACAAGUAUGAAAGAACCAAGGCUCUGGAAGAUUUAGAGGGCGCCAUCCUACAAUUCGAAGCAGCUCUUGAUCUGACUCCAGAUGAUGACCAAGUGCGGGUUACUCUACUUCAAGAUCUUGCGCCCGCAUAUCAUGCGAAAUAUUGGAGAACCGGGAAUAUUGAAGAUCUAAGCAAAACGAUUCGAUACCUCAAAGAGGACCUUGAUCUCUCGUCAGAUGAUAUGUUCCGGUUCGAUAUGCAUAUGACUCUUGGGAAAAGAUAUUAUGAUAGAUACCUCAAGACCAAAUCCUGGGCGGAUUUAGAGAUGAUGAUACAGGAGUGUGAAGAUGCCUUGGACUGGACACCGGAUAAUGCAGCAUCGAGGCAGCAGCAGGAUUAUUUUCUGGGAGCCGGCUAUUAUCAUAAAUAUCAGAGAAACAAGGACAUGGAAGAUCUCAAUCUCUCUACCCAAUACUGCGAAGCAGCCUUUGACAGCCCGGUGGCCUUGAGCCCUUACUAUUGGAUUCGUUCUGGAAACUUGCUAGUCUCAAUACUUGCGGAGACUAAGCAGUCGUCUUCAGCUUCCAACGUGGCCUCGGCGGCCAUAUCACACAUUCAUCAGCUUGCGCCUCGUGGGUCUAGUAUACCAGACAAACAGCUUGUGCUGGGUGAGAUAUCCCAGUUGGCUUCCGACGCAGCGGCCCUUGCUCUCAUAGCUGGCGACAAGCCAACCAAAGCUCUUCAAACUCUUGAGCUCGGGCACAACGUUAUCACAACAGCUCUUAGCGAUAUGAGGACUGAUAUAUCCAAGCUUCUGCAGGAACAUCGUGAGCUAGGAGAAGAAUACAUAAAGCUUCGGGAUCAACUCAAUACCCUCCGUUUAAAUGACGAGAGCUACAAUCCAGACAUUACUGUACGUAACCGGGAUUGGAGGUUGAAGCUUCGCGGCCCCGGCAAUAUGGAACGACUUAUACAAAAAAUUCAAGCUUUGCCCGGCUUUGAGGGAUUUCUGUUAGGCCCAACUGAAAAUGAGUUGAAGAGUGCUGCCAAGCUAGGUCCAGUUGUCAUCAUCAACGUAAGCGACUACCGCUGCGACGCACUGAUAAUAACUAAGGACAAGAUAAGGAGUUUAGCACUUCCUGGAUUGGACGUCGACGAUAUCCGUUUUCGGGCGGAAACGUUGACAAGCCCAGACUCAAAUUUGCUUGAGUGGCUAUGGGACACAAUUACAAAGCCAGUUCUUGAUUCACUGGGAUUUGUCCAAAUUCCUCGAGACCGCUGGCCUCAUGUAUGGUGGAUACCUACCGGACUCCUAGCCAAGUUUCCUAUCCAUGCAGCGGGUUAUCACGACUCCUCUAGCACCGUUUUGGACCGUGCCAUAUCGUCUUACAGUUCUUCCGUUCGAACACUGCUCAGAAGCCGGCAAAAAGAUCCCUCUGCAGAAACGAAGUGGGAGCCGAACAAGAUCGUAGCGGUUGGUCUUACCGAAACACCAGGGCAGAGUGAUUUGCCCUUUGUGAAGGAGGAGAUUAAAGGCCUCAAACGUAUAUGGGGACAGAUAUCAAGCCCCGAGCCACGUCGAGAAGAUAUCCUGGCCGCAUUAAGGGACUGCGAAGUAUUUCACUUUGCCGGUCAUGCGCUCGCCGACCGCUCAGAUCCAUUGCAAAGCUCUCUAAUUCUACACGCGGAACACCUAUCAGUUGCGAGCGUGCUCGAGGUGAAUUUACAAAGUCGCGCACCUUUCCUUGCCUACCUCUCCGCUUGCGGAACUGGUCAAAUCAAACAAAACGAGCUUGUAAACGAGAGGCUUCAUCUGAUUGCCGCUUAUCAACUCGCUGGCUUCCGACAUGUCAUUGGCACUCUUUGGGAGGUAAACGACGAAUCAUGCGUAGGAAUAGCGACUGAGACAUACGAGUGGGUUAAGUCCAGGAAUAUGAGUGACGAAUCUGUUAGCGAGGGCCUUCAUCAUGCGAGCAGAAAGUCUCGGACGCAAUGGGUUUUGGAGAAUGCAGUCAGAACAGAUACCAACAGGUUACAACCAGGUCACACGCAGUCAGACUUGCCUGAAAAGACAGUCAGAGACACGAGAGAUGCUGAAUUAUUCGAGGGUAAGCCGGCUUUAUGGAUACCAUAUGUCCAUUUUGGAAGUUAA